AGUGACGCUUUCUCCGUUCCUCAACCAUCCGCCUGCACGUGUGUUUACUGAAAAUGCCAACAACCGAGCUUAAGAAGUAACAGUAAUAAUAAACAAACUAACCGGUUGAAACAUGGGGAAGCUGAACGUCGUGGUGUUGAGAUACUUAACUCGAGAUGACUUCCGGGUCCUCACAGCAGUUGAAAUGGGGAUGAAGAACCAUGAGAUUGUUCCAGUGAGUCUUGUAUCCUCCAUCGCUAGCCUCAAACACGGCGGCUGCAACAAGGUCCUCCGAGAGCUUGUCAAACACAAACUCGUGGUCUAUGAACGCACAAAGACUGUGCAGGGUUACAGGCUGAACUAUGGAGGAUAUGACUACUUGGCUCUGAAGACCUUGUGCGCCAGAGAAGUGGUCAUUUCUGUUGGCAACCAGAUGGGUGUGGGGAAAGAGUCAGAUAUAUACAUCGUUGCAAGUCCAAACGGGGAGCAGUACGCUCUGAAGCUUCACAGAUUGGGUCGCACCUCCUUCAGGAACUUGAAGAACAAGAGGGAUUACCACAAACACAGAAAGAACAUGUCCUGGCUGUACCUCUCUCGCCUUUCUGCCAUGAAGGAGUUUGCCUACAUGAAGGUAUUGUAUGAUCGAGGCUUUCCAGUUCCCAAACCUGUGGACUAUAACCGACAUGCUGUAGUGAUGGAGCUCAUCAAUGGAUAUCCACUGUGUCAGGUGCAUGAGCUGCAGGAUCCACCAUCCCUAUACAAUGAGUUCAUGGAGCUCAUCGUUAAACUGGCCAAUCAUGGCCUGAUUCAUGGAGACUUUAACGAGUUCAACCUUAUGUUGGAUGACCAGGACCACAUAACUAUGAUUGACUUCCCUCAAAUGGUGUCCACCUCACAUGCUAAUGCUGAAUGGUAUUUUGACAGAGAUGUGAAGUGUAUCAGAGAUUUCUUUGCAAAACGAUACAAUUACGAGAGCGAGCUCUACCCAACCUUUAAAGACAUCAGGCGGACUUGCUCUCUAGAUGUCGAAGUCUCAGCUAGCGGCUUCACCAGAGACCUGGAGAGAGAUGGUGCAUUGCUACACCCAGCUGGACCUGAGGGAGAGGAAGAUGACGAGGGGGAGAGCGAUGAUGCAGAGGCAACAGACGAGGAAGUAGAAGAAGAAGAAGACAGCGUCAACAUGGAGGAAUAUAAGCAUGCAAUGCAGGAACUCGAAGGUCUGAAAGUCAGCGACACACAUGCAGACAUACAAGAUGAGGACAACAAGAGUGAAAAAGAGGAAGAACGAACAGAGACUGAGACAGCACCUGCUCCUAGAAGUGAUGAAGAGACAGAGAAGGACUUGGAGGAAGAGUUGAAUGAGGCAGAGGAUGAGUGUCCAGAGCUCGCAGACCUUUCUACCUCCAACAAAGACUUCAAACCCUUCAGAGACUCAGACAGUCUUCUACACAUGGCAGAACACAGUAGGAGGAGGACGGAUAGUGAGGCCACAAUGGGCAGCAUAGGGAGCUGCUCUACCAUACCACCAGAGGUAGUCCGUCAGAAGGUGCGGAAGCAGCUCAGCAAACAGCAGAAGGCAGCACAGAGGAGACGUCUACAGAAGGGAGAGGCCAACUUGGUGACCAAAUCCAGGAGAGAGAACCAAAAUAACAUCAAGUCUAGUCUGGAGAGCGCCUCCUUCUGGGGAUAAAUGGAACUGCAGUGAUGAACAAACAGAAUUGCAACAUGCUUUUUGUUUGAUUAACAUGCACGCUGUAUGGUUCCUCUGCUCUUUUGUCUGGAGAGUUGGAAACAGGUGAUAGUUGAUGGAAGAAUUCAGCAAGAGAGAGCGCAACUACUCAACUGUUACACGAGAGAAGAGUGAUGAAACUUCUUACUACUUUUCUAAUUGAACUUUAAUGAACCAUGAUGUUCAACGUACAGUCUAAUGUAUAUAUCAACUAAUUACUAUAAUGAAGCCGUUUGAUAAUAAACCAUUUAAACAUUG